UUUGCUUGCCUGCCUAGCCACUUGUAAGCUCAUAAAACUAUGCCGCUGUUCAAAGAAUGAUAAUAAAAAGAUUAUUUGGUUUUUACAGAUGAUAGUAAUUAUAGUUUAUAAUAUCCCCUUUCAAUAAAGCUAUCUAUGGCCUUUGUUAACAGCAAAUAAAUUGUGGAGAAUGAUUACUAUAAUUAUUUUCAGUAUUGGAGAUAAACAAAAUGUUGUUGAAGAACAUUGUUCCUGAAAACGAUUUAUAUUUAUUCUAAUUGCGAAAUCUUUUAGCUUUUUUUUCUACUCUAUCUACACUGAAAGACAAUAAAAGUUUGCUUACGUAGAUUAGAUUACAUCGGUAGCUUUGAAAGUAAUGCACUCUUGCAGUUUUUUUAUUAUUAGAAUUUUAUUUCUGCCUCCGCAAGUUUUAUCUUUCUGCAGUAAGAAUUUACCGAAUAAUGUCUUCUGUAAAAGAAUACAUUCUUGUGACAGGAGGUGCUGGAUAUGUGGGUAGUCACUCUAUUUUGGUCCUUUUACAAAAUAACUAUAAUGUAGUAGCUAUAGACAAUUUUUCUAAUUCAAGUCCUAGUGAUAAUAAUGAUAUGCCAGAGAGCUUAAGAAGAGUUCAAAAUUUAGCUGAAAAAACAUUAAUUUUUUAUCAAAUUGACCUUUUAAACAAAGAAGCUUUAGAAGAAGUCUUCCAAAAACAUGCAUUUUCUUGUGUGAUACAUUUUGCAGCUUUGAAAGCUGUUGGAGAAUCGUGUCGUGUGCCUUUAGAUUAUUAUCGAAACAAUGUGGGAGGAACAGUGAAUCUUUUAGAGGUGAUGAAAAAUUUCAAGGUGAAAAGAUUUGUAUUUUCAAGUUCGGCUACUGUUUAUGGCAAGCCAGAGUAUCUUCCAAUUGAUGAAAAUCAUUCUGUUGGUUCGACUUGCACAAACCCUUAUGGUCGAACUAAGUAUUUCAUUGAGGAGAUUUUAAAAGAUCUUUGCUCUUCUGAUAAGGAUUGGACUGUUACAUUGUUAAGGUAUUUUAACCCAGUUGGUGCUCAUGAAUCCGGUGAGAUUGGAGAAGAUCCUCAGGGUAUACCAAAUAAUCUCAUGCCAUAUUUAUCUCAAGUCGCAGUUGGACGCCUGAAAGAGCUACAAGUAUUUGGAAAUGAUUAUAAGACUGUUGAUGGAACAGGAGUACGUGAUUAUAUUCAUGUUAUGGAUUUAGCAGAAGGGCAUGUUGCUGCAGUUAAGGAAAUUUUAGAAAGAAAUGAGGGUGUUUGCAAGGUAUAUAAUUUAGGUAGUGGCGAAGGUUAUUCUGUCCUUCAAGUGAUUCAAGCAUUUGAUGAAGGCUGUGGUGUUAAGAUUCCUUACAAAAUUGUUGGUCGUCGGGAAGGAGAUGUUGAUAGCAUAUAUGCUGAUGCUUCUCUAGCAGAAAAGCGUCUUGGUUGGAAGGCUAAACGCACACUGAAAGAGAUGUGUCAAGAUACAUGGCGAUGGCAGUCAAAAAAUCCAAAAGGGUAUAGAGCAUGAGUAAUAUUCUUUUGGAGAUAUGUUUUACGAAAUUAUGCAAUAAGAUCAUUCUAUUGUGCAAUAUUUAUUUCAGAAAUGAAACUAGUCCUUAUAUAUUUAAACUAUUUGUUCUGAACGAUUGACAAAUUAUAUGAUUGUUUACCCCACUCAAACUGCUACUAUUAACUGAGCUUUCCUGUACUUAUUUACUUGAAAAUUUGGAAUUGAAAUUAAUAUUGAAUAUUUAUUUAAUUGUACAAUGUUUUCAAGUGUUUGUUUUGCAUGUCAAAAGUGUUUGUUUAAAGAUAUUUUUUCACUUGUUUAGGGAAUUAAAGAUAUACUUGUAUGUAUCGAAGAGGGAUUUUUUUUAUAAAAAUAUGCCUACUGCAUGUUCUUAUUAUUAAGUUUACAUUUUGCUAUUUAUGGCUUUUGUGCUUUAUUUUCGCUUUUAACUAUAGAGUUUUUAAGUAAUGUUACAAAAAAAUUUCUGAUUGUUUCAAAUUAAAAAAAAAUGGAAUUUAAAUAAUUUUGUGUUCCACUUGUUUAUGUUUUACAUUCAUAGUAAAGUUCAUUUGAAAGAUAACAUUUAAAAAAAAAAACAUUCCCUUUAUUGCUUGUAUUUAGUCUAUAAACAUGCAUAUCAUUGAAGCAAUCAUAUUUCAUAUCGAAUAGAAGUUUAGAAAAUUAUUCUGUUUAUGUUUAUGUCCAAAAGGUUUCAGAAGUUAUAAAAAUUCUGACAAAAAAAUCACAACAACUUUUUUUUUUAAGUAAAAAAAAGGAUAGCAGACACAGAAAAUAUUAGGUCAUUAAUUUCACUACCUAUUUUUUUUUUGUAUUGCGGGACAGAAACGAAUAGCAAGAAAAAAAUAAAAAAACUUCUGUCUAGUCAAGCUUUUUCUUUAAAAUAUAUCUGUAUAAUGUGUUUACUUGUGGACAUACAGAUAUUUACUUCUCCAUUUUGAAUGGCUUAAUUCUAGUCUAGGGCAGUCCACAGAAAUAAUAUCUACUGAACAUAUAUUUUUUAAACUUGAAAAUGUGUGUUAUUUUCAUAUAAUAUUCACAGCUGACAAUGUGAUAAUGGCGAAUUUUAACUUUAUUGAUUAUGUGUUAUAAAAGUGUAGGGUUUUUUUUUGUAAGAAAAUAUCUUGUACAAGUGAUUUUUCAUCAUGGUACACAGUAUUUUUUAUACAAAUAUGCCCAAGUAGAGCAACAAUUAUAGGUGCUUGAUACACAUUUGAACAAAAUAUUUGUCAAAGUUUCUAUUUAAUAUUUUUUCUAUUAUUAUUUUCUAACUUUGUGCUGGCACAAUUCGUAUUGUUAAGUAAAAAAAAACUUUUUUUAUCCAUUAAAUGAUUAUUUUGUUAUAUUCUCAGAAUAAAUUGCAAAUUCUAAAAGUCUUUUUAAAUAAUUUAUUAUAUUUAAGCAGUAAUUUAUUAUAGUUUGUUAUUUUCCUUCUAGUUAAUGGUUUUGUUUAAUUUAUAUUACAUAAUACAAACUUUAUAAGUGUUUUUAGAAUGAAAAUAUGUUUAUGUUAAAAAUUAUUGCAAUUGUGAACUAGUAUUCUUUUUUAUGAACUAGUAAAUUAAGACACCAGCAAUUAUCUAUAAAUAUUAAUUGCCUCAGUUAAAUCUUUUUUUGCUUUUGUUAUGAUUGUGUAUUUGAUAGCUCGAAAGAAGAAGAAAAAAGAAAUUUCUGUAAAGACAUUACUUAAAAUAUUUGAAACAAUAUUCUUGUAACUUUUAAAAUAUUAUAUUAUAUAUUUUAUCGUUAAGUAAUAUUUUCAUAUUUUAAUAUACAUAGGUUGUUUUGGGGUUAAAAGAUAUGCAUUUAAGUCUUUUGAUAGCUGUAUUUUUUUUAAAUAGGUUAUAUGCACUCUGUGUGAGCUUGUUCAUUUUUUAUUUAUAAUUUUUAUGCACUUUUAUGUGUGUACAUUCAUAUUCUAAUGUGUUUUUGGUUAUUUAAAGUAUAACAUUUGAAUUUAUAGAUUUAGUAUUGCAGAUUUUUGAAGUUUUUAUUUCCAUAAAACUUUAAUGAAUAAAAUUAGUCUGGUGUGUGCUUAAAUUUGAAACCACUUGAUAUGGUUGAAAUUAUUUAGUUGCAAUUUACUUCUUUGUAAAAGUAUGCAAAAGAGUUUUGAAAUUUGAAUUGUUUUUAUUUUUACCCCCUUUCUAUCUUCGAUUUUAAAUUAAAAAUGUUAAUAAACAAUGUCUACAAAAUUUAUAAAUUGCUGCAAUUAUGGAUAAAAUUAAAUUCCUUAUGAUAUCCUUAGCUCAUGCAUUACCUUGUUAGGAAACUCUUUUGUAUAUAAAAUAGAUAAGCAUGUAUUUUCCAGCUUUGAGUACUUUAUGCAUUACCUAUUGAUUAUUUGAUUAUAUUUAAAAAUUAAACUAAAAUUUUCAUUUUAUGUCAUUGAAAGUAACAUAUUAUGGAUGUUAACUUUCUUAAUUUUUUUCCCCUUCAAGUGACCUUAGACAUUUUCCAAUUAUAAUUUUUAGUUUGUACUUAUAAGGGUUGCAUUUACAGUGGAUAUUUUUAAAAAUGUUUUCCUCUGAUAUGGUAUUUUAUACAUGUUUAAUUUAAAAAUUAAAACAGAUAUUCAAUCUGCUUCAGGUCCUCCCAUAAAUUUGAAAUGCAUUAAAAAUCAUAAUUAAUCCACUUCAUUAUUCAUUGUUCAGCCUUUUCUUGUUAUUCCUAAUUUUUCUGCUGUAAUAAAUUAAAAGUUUUUCCGGAAAUUAUUUUAAAGCAAGAUAUUCAUCUUAUUUCAUAAAAAAAAAUUUCAAUUUUUAAAAAAAAGAUUUUUCUCUUAUAACUUACAUUUUUAAAAUAGCUGUGUUUUAUUUUAGAGUAAUGUUCAAAAAUGAUGUUGUUUAUUUCAUUGUACAAUAUUUUUUACUACAAUAUUACUAAUGACUUACUUCUUACUGUUAAGUCAAAAUAUAACAUUUUAUAAAAACAAGUUGCAAUAAAUUUUAUAAUCUUUUAAUUUAACUGUUCUCAAACUGUACAUAGUUAAUAUGCAUAAAAUUUUAUUAACUUCAUUAUUUUUCAUUUUCUAGUCAAUAUUUAUCGAAAUAAAAAAUUUGCCUGCCUACAUCUUUUAUUUUUCUGUUUUUAAUGUUUCUCGAAACAUUUAUAAAUGUUUUUUACUCUUAUUGUGUAUUUUUUUUAUCCUCCCAUGUUACAAGUUACAAUGUUAAAAUUAAAAUAAAUGAACAUGAGACUUAUUAUCUGGCAGCAUUUUAGUAAAGAUAAUUAUCUCUA